AUGCCCCGCCGCCGCCUCGCUGUGGUCUCGCUCCUUAUGCCCGAAACCGGCGCGGAUGCUAUUCGCGCAGAUCUCAUCGCCCGCAUCACCGCCAUGCUGAAGCCGCACUUCUUCCGCCGCGGCUCCGUUCCGGAGUUUGAAGUCGCCACCAGCGAGGCGCUCCGGGUUCCGCGCCGUUCCUAUGCUCGGCUCUGCUUUUCGUGGCCUACGGAGGAAGAGGCUGAGGACUUUAAGCGCCUCUUCCCCCGUUCCAUCCCCCUUAAUGCCUCCCGCUCCGUGCUUCUUAAGGUCUUCGAAGACCGUAACCCUGGCUUCACGGCUGCCAAGGCCGGGGGCGCCGCCACACUUUCGCUCCGCAACAUCCGCCCUGGGUAUACCCCGGAGGAUGUCCGCGAGUUUCUGCUACAAGGCGCGGAUCCGGCUGAGCCUGCGUGGCUUGCGGACCUGCAGUUCUUCCAUCGCACCACCGACCCGUACGAGGAGGUUUUCCUCCCUGUUUUCACCGGCAUCCCUCUCCCCUCCCCCCGGAUGACCCGACCUUCUCUCGCAUCCCUGCUGUCAUCCCGUUUGCGGAUGACUCCCCCCCUGCCCUCCUCAACAUCUCCACCCACGUGUGUGCUCACCGUGGGAACAACCAUCGUGGCUCUGACCACGAGACCUUCGCCUUCAAGAGCAAGCAGCGCCUGA